AUGAACUCAUCAGAGCAAGUGAAGGCUGCUGAAGCACAAGCAGAUCAUGGAGUUUCAUCAUCUCAACCAAUGUCUGCGAAGCUUAUGGCUUCAAAUUUUCCCAUUUCAUUUAUUUCGAUUGGCCCAUGGAAGAAGAAGUCGAGAUACACCACCGAACUGACCGCAAAGUUUUACUUUGCGAGGCGAACAUUGGUGUGGGAAAUUUCGGAAGAGGUUGUGAAGUAUAAGAUGGAAAUACAGUGGUCUGAAAUCUCAGCCAUUGGAGCUAUUUUCAAAGAUAGGGAAGCAGGAGUUCUAGAACUUGAGUUGAACAAGCCGCCAGCCUUCUCUCGAGACAUCGAGAGGGCACCGCAAGUGCAUGCAGAGUGGGAGCGAUGCAGCGACUUUACUCCUGGAGGUGCAGCUUCCACGUGCAGGAGGCAUUAUCUCAAAUUCCCUGCAGGAACCCUUGAGAGAAACUAUUACAUGCUUUUACAAAGGGACAAUAGGCUUUUGAAGUUGAGCAGAACACCUUUCCCAACCCUUGGCCAACCUUAUUUCAAUUCAAUCUCCAAUGGCUUCCCCAUGUUAGUAGAUCCUCUGCAGAGUGUACCUGCAGCAGCAUCAGAAGAUGAAGUUAGCCAGCUUCAGAAUCAGUUUAAAUUAUCCCAGCCUGUGGUUCCUUGCUAUGAUCAUCACCUUCAGAGUUUCCAACUCACCACCAUCCCUUUCUGCAACAUUCCUAACCAUUCUACUUCUGCACAUCAAGGUGAUGUUAUCGCCACAAAUAGCAGAAUUCAAAGUGCAGGAAAAGAAAAUGGGGGGAUAUGA